AUGAGUCUUGAUCUCGAUGAUCCAUUAGCCGGUAUUUUAAGUGAUGGCAGUGAUGAUAGCUUCUUUGAUGAUGAUAUAAUGGGAAAGAAAAAAACAAGUAAGAGUAAAGAUACUGCAACAGUUGAUAAAAAGAAAGCUUUGUUUGAUCUCGACAGCAUACAGGCUACGAAAACAAAUAAAAAUAUUUCUAACGAAGUGAAAGAUAUUUUUGAAUCUUCAAACAAAGACAAAGAAAUAAAUCUGGCAUCACGUAAAGCUUCCUUUAAAAUAGAAAAUAACAGCAAAACCAUUUCGUCGCCUGCACCAAUGAAACGAACAUUUUCAAAAGAUUCUGUCUCUCAAAAUAACGAUAAUAACAAACUGGACAAUUUUGUUAGUUCUCCAAGUGAAACAAAAAUGACUGGUAAAAGUGCAGAGAAGUUGGAUUUACUGGACGACCUAUUAGAAGACAAGAAAUCUAUAAAAACAGAAAAAGGCAAAAGUUCUCAGUCACUUCUUGAUGAUAUUCUGGGCGGUCCUUCUUUAAAAUCAUCAUCUAAUCAACAAAAAAAUACUGCCUUUGUUAAGAAUUCAGAUGUGGAUUUUGAUUCAUUAUUGGGAAAAACUGAAUUGAAACAAACCUUACUUUCCAAUAAUACGACUAAACCUUUGAUUUCCCAGAAAAAAGAAAUCAAAGAUGUUGAAAACACAAAAGUCAAACAAGUGCAACCAAAAAGUUCUACUGAGGACUGGCUUGGAAUUUUUAAAGAUAAAGAUGAAGCGGUCGUUGAAGAUGAAGCUGAUAUGCCUUCUUGGUUGACCGGAGGUGUAAAAAAGAAUAAGACGGAUCGAAAGGCAAAACCAGUGGUUGAAUUAACUGAAGAAACUACUACUAAAGCUCCAGACAUAGGAACACAUACAGUUCAAAAAGAAGAAUAUGUUUCAAAAGAUGGCAAAUUAGAAGAACUUAUGAAACCUCAACAAAAGUCUACGUUAGAGAUUUCAAAUGAUGACGUUACAUUAGAGGGAGCUGCUUUGUGUUUACAGCAACAGGAGGCACAGUUGAUGGUAGCACUACAAUUGAAGGCACAGGAUGAUAAACUAGCAGCUAUGCAAGAACGGCAGAAGGAAACUCAACGUGUUCAGCGUGAAACAACAAUGGCUCAUCACGAACAAUUAGACGCGAUGUUACGCCGACAAGCUGAGCAUAGGCAACAGAUGCAAGCGAUUAUCGCUUCACACCAGGAUAGAAUUAACCAGAGGAUAAAGGCUCUAUUAAUUAAUUCAAACGACAACGAUGGUACGAUCAAUGAUGAAAUUGAAAAAGGCGACGGAAGCAAAGAGAGUCCGUAUACGAGAGAAAAGAAACAGUUAAUACAAUUAGUACAGUCGCUACAAGAGAACCAUGACAAGGAAAUUGAUCUCAUGGAAACAUCGUACAGACGUCAAUUAGAUUUUCUCGAACUAUCGUAUACUCAAGCUGAAGAACGUAUGAAAGAGGAAACUGAAAAAUUGGUGAAAUUUUAUUCGGAAAAGAUAAGUUGGCUGGACGAACAUCAUCAGUUGUAUAAGAAAAUGGCGGAAGACAAUUUGAGUGAAUUAACAGAGAGGCAUAAAGCCGAAAAUGAUAUGCUGAGACAGCAACAUUUGGACAAUGUGAAGGUGCUGCAGGAACAUCAUGCAGCCCUUAUGGAAAAUAUCAGAAAUGCAGUAAAACAAGAGCAAGUACUUAUAAAAGAUUCGGCAGGAUUCUCGUCGGACUUACAAAUUCUCGUUACUGAUGUCAAAGAAAAUAAUAAGAAAUGCGAACACUUAUAUGAUAAAGUGGAAUCUUUGGUACAUGAGUCUCAACAUGAUGCAGUUAAAAGCUUGCAAAUAAGAGAGAAGCAGAUAAAUGAUAUUAUAGAACAGUUGAAGAAAGAUCGAGAAGAUUUUGAACGCGAUAAAGCAGAAAGUAAGGAUAUAGUUAAAAUGCUCGAAUCACGACUCCGGCAAAUGACAACGAUGAUGGAGGAAAAAACAGCAUCUUUGCGACAAAAGAAGAUGGAUUUUGAAUUCGAGAAAGCGACUUUCAGUAAACAAACCGAGUUCGCUAAAAACGUGCUGAAAAAGCAGGAUGAAGAAUUGAAGAUGCAAAAGGAAGAUCUACAAAAAGAAUACCAAGAUAAAUUGGCACGAAUUGAAGAAGAGAAGACGAAAGCUGUAAAAGAUUCUGCACUAGUUGCUAAGGAAAAAGCUUCGAUACAAAGCCUCAAACUGGAAAUAGAGAAAACGAAAGCCGAGUUAGAUGCGCACCUUCAAGAAGUAACGGAAGAGAGAUCGAAACUUAACGCUGAAAAACAAGAGCUGCAUAUAGAAGAACAAAGAAUAAUGGCUAAAAGUCGGGACUUAGACCUCCUCGCAAAAUCGGCAAUCGAGAGACAAUCACAAGCUGAAAAGAAGCUAUCCGAAGCAAACUUCAUACAGCAAAAGUACGAAGAUCGAAUUCGCAGGAUACAAGAACAUGUGGUGUCGUUGAAUAUGAGAGAGAAGCAGAUAGCAAAGGAAAAAGUCGCUCUAUCCCGGGAAAGGUUGACUUUACACAACGAAAGGAAGGAAUUGGAAAAUAAACAGUGCUCCUUGUGCCGUGGAACGAAUCAGGCGUAUUUGCCUGAGCCCAUCAUGCCAAUGGUGCAUUUCAAUAGGGAUUAUAAUGCACCACGGGAUUAUAGGAGAACGUUUGGCAAUAUGAACUCUAACAUUAAUGAUAUAGAGAUGGAAGUCUCGCAAUUGAUGGGAAGACCGUUUUUAGAUGAACGUACGGAAUUUGCUGGGGAUAAUGUUGAUAAUAUAGGACAAGAAACUCUGAACCACGAAUCUGGUCGAUUUAAGAGUCACAUGGAUCCUAAAUUCAUGAUGCUGCGGUUAGAUGUACAAAGGGUUAUUAAUAAUUUGGAUCGAAAUAAACAAGAAGACGAAGAGCACACGAAACAAGAAAAUCCAUGAUUUAAUUGUCAUUAAAGACAAUUGCAGAUAUUCAAAACGUAACAUUAAAAGGAAAAAAGGAUGAAUUUUGAGC